GUCAAGACCCGCGCAGCUUAUUUUGGUUUCGGUUCUGCUACUGUGUUGCGUGUAUUCAAAAUAGCUAUAUCGGUCAAAUUCUUGUUUUUCAAAAAUCUUUCAAUCGUCAUUGUUUCCUACUUCGAAUGCGGACCAGAAAUAGAGGUCAGAAGAGAUCCAUUGUAUCAUCUCUAGGAUUAGGCCCCAAACAUGGCAGACAUAAAAGUGUUGUUGAUCUUAAGUGCUUCGACUCAAGACGGGGUCGCUCUAGCAACUUGUUUUUAAGGGGUCAGCCAAGAACACAUUGGUCGUCUGAAGUUACACAAACCGUUGGGGGCAACCUGGGAAGACCGAGGAUUCGUAAGCGCGGUGGUCGGAGUCUUCGUGGAAGUGGUCGUUUGCAUCGUACAGUACACUUUGAUUCCAAAACUUGCAGUUUGUCACCUGAUCCUUUGAUUCCUACAGUGUAUGCCACGCGGACCAAAAGUAAAAAUUGUGAUUCGUUUCCUGCUAUCAAUAACGGUUCAGCUCUGAGGUCCCAUACAGGCAACAUGAAAGUGGAAGAUAAACCCAAAAUUGAUCUUUUCAAACCUGAUAUUGAGGUCAAGUCAAAAGUUGAUACCUGUAACUCACCAGCUAAAUCAUUUAGUAGGGGAGCUAAAAGAGGACGUCCACGGUUCUCCAGAGGUCUUUCUAGAUCUGUUUGUGACACCGGAGCUAACCUAGUUAGGGAGUCAGCAGAUUUUACAGAUAAUAGGAUUGCUGUUCAAAGUUGCAUCCCUAAAAAAUCUGAUUCUCCAGUUCGCAAUGCUUCUGUUAUUGGAUGUGUAGACCCAAACAAUGCAUUAAAGCCCGACAAACCAAAUGAAGGCAGUUACAGAUCUGACGACAACAAAUUAGAGACAGCCGUAAAAAAAGAGGAUUCGAACCAAGUCUUUAAUAACUCACCUUUACCAGCGAAACGGCGGCGUGGAAGGCCUCUUAAAUCGUGUUCUACAGUGGUUCCUAAAGCCGCUGCUUUCAUAAAAUCUGAGAGCAAAGAAAUCACACAAGGAGAAACCCAAGAAUCAUUUUGUUCAUCCAAUGACUCACGUCAUUCAUACACAGAGAUUACUAAAGAGCGGGAGUUUUCAAGUCUUAACGUAGUGCGUACAUCAUGUACAGGUUCACCUGUCUUACUUCGUUUUGGUGCCACAGAUGAUGUUCUCCAAGAAGUACUGAAUGAAGUAAAUGAAUAUGGUUCUGUAAAGUUACCUGUCAAACGUAUUAGAAAAAGUCGUCAAAAACCUCUUACCCCGCCUGGCAAAGUAGACGAAGGUCAAUUUAUAAUGAGCUUUAAUUCCCCUUCUGUGGAAAAAAUUUUCGAUUCCAUUUGCAAAGAAAACAGAUUGAAUGAUGACCUCGCUUCAAAAGAUUUAUUUUUGGCUAUGAGUGGUCUGUUGCGCCCAGGUGUUUGUGAAGUAUGGCGCAGACGACGGGAGGAUCGAAGUAAGCAAUUGAGUCGAAAUUUGAUGGGUCGUUUACGCCCUAAUCCUCGUCCAAGACGAUACUCUGAUAUGAUAUCCCAAAGUAGUCAUCAUUCCCGCGUUGAUGGCAUCAUCUCACUUGAUAGUAUUCACAACAAUGAGAAGACUCGACAUCAGUCCACACGUUCGAGUAUUGUAUCAGCAGCAAGAUUAACUGCUGCUAAGAAGCUUAUUCGAGCUAAAUCACAUGUUCAGAGUAGCCUUCAGAUUACUCCUAUUAGGUCUCAAAGUACUGGAUAUGUAGAUGAAUUGUGUCUGGACUCAAAAGCAGGUCGGUCAGCACAUCGCACUCCUAAAAUAAAUGUUUCUCUAUCAUCUAGAACUAGUCGUCAUCCAGAUGUAAGCCACCAUAUUGAUUGGAAGUUUUGUUAUGUUUCCUCGAGUAAGCAGAAUGAUGUCACAGGUCUCAGUAACAGUUUCCAGCGUCGCCGACGCCCAUCAAAUUUUACUUCGAAAGGUCGGGUGGAAAAUGAUGAUAAUUUUUCACACAUAAGGUCACUUGAUAACAGCCCCUGUAAUCUGGAACAAGAUGAUUCAAAGGAUUCUUAUGAUAUUCGCAAGACAGACUCAGGAAACCAAACUCAACUGAAGUCAGAAAACAGAACUCAUCUUCAAAGUAGUUGUCCUAACGUUGUUGAGAAGUUCAAUAUGGAUCAUAAUAAGUCUAUACAAUUAUCUGAUGAUCGAUGUCUUGAAAGGCGGCGCAGAAAACGCCGUGCUAUCACAUUCCAAAGAAAACGUCCUAAUGAACGUUUCUUGACUUCCCAAAGAGAAGAAAAUUGGUAUUCAGAUAAAACGUAUUUGCGUGAUGAUUCUUCUGCUUCUUCUUCAACAUCUAAGUCUGGUGUAGUGGAUGCUUAUGGAAGGUCUUUUCGCCAAGCAAGGUGGUACCAUCACCGUCCUCCUAAAGCUGGACAUCGUGAACGGACAGGAUCAAGUUACCGUUGUCAUAACAGUUUAGAGUCUCGUCCAACACGAAAACCAGAGCGUUCAUUGAUUUCUCGGCGUAUGCAUACAGGCUCUAAGUUGAAUAGCCGCCGAAUUGUAUUGCCAGAACCAAGUCAUGCUCACGGGUCUCGUCAUCGUAUCCCUCGACGACCAGAUAGAAUGUGCCAACUCACUUUGCUCGAUCGUUUAGUGCUUGGGCUAAAUUGUAGUGUAUCACAAAAUGAUGAUGAAAUUCAUAUUAAACAACUUCAUGCUGAGGAAUUGAAUAUUCUCACACAACGCAUGAGCCGUACAGGUUUUUUUAUCCAGUCUCUUGCUCUCCGACAAAAUGCUAACAAUGAUGCUGAAUAUAAUAUUGUUCUUACUUUCUCUUCUGAAAAUGAAGCAAACACGAAACGUACACGCUGUUCUAAUUCAUUAUUCCGUUCAAAAUUAGAUUCUCAUGAGAGAGCCUCAAGUUAUCGCUCUUUGUCUGUCUGCGACCAGAAUGUUUGGAAAAAAGUCAAAAGUCAUAAUCGUCCAAGGAGAAUCUCUUGUUUAGCCUCAAGACAUUCAUAUUCAUCGCACUCACACUAUGUAGGUAAAUCCCAUCAUCAUAAAGACCCAAAUGAUUUUUCAUUGCCUGCUGGAUAUCACAGUGAUUCAGGUUUACUAAUUCACCGCUCUACAAAUUGUGUACGAGAGUUCCAUUCUGACUGUGAGGAGUUGGAAACUCACCAAUUUAAACACUUCGAAAAAUUAUAUGCCAGCAGAAAAGUCAAUCAACGUGCUCUAUACAGUGCUGAUGGCAAACCGGGACAUUCAUGUUCUGUUCUUGGAUCUCUUGAUAAACUCUCACUUCGACAUUUACAAGUCAACUCGUCGUCUGGCUCAACUAAGAUAGAAACUCAUCGCUCUUGUCUACCACUCGAACAUAAUUACACAACUGGUCAUACAGAUGUACAUAAACGCCCAACAGUCUUGUCUCGCGUCUCGUCAAUAAAGGAAGAUGAACUUAAUCAUGCGAUUUCUGAAGAUUCGCCGACCAUUCAUAUGGGUAACUCUUCAAAUCUUACCUCAAAUAAUUCCAGUCAUGGAGUUUUUAAACGUGAAGCUAACAUUUAUGUUGUUGGUGCCGUUCAAAAUAUGCCAUUUCGCCGUCAUAGUCCACGCAAAGUUAUUCGCAAGGUGUAUACUGGUAGCCUUACCAUACCAAAAAUACUUAAUCGCAAAAGACUUCCUGCCAUUCCUACUAAUGCACUCGGUGGCCCAAGUGUUAGCAUGACAGUUACAUCCACCAAUUCUCUGACGAGCAAUUUGGCGACUAAUGCUAUCGUUAGCUCUGUAUCUUGUUCCACAUCAAGCAGUUCAAUUGGUCUGAAUUCAUCCGCACCAACUGUUGUUUUCCAUGACGCUCAGUCAGUACCCAUUUAUUCUGCAGCAACCCAACUUAGACGUUUACAAGCUACUGCAACAUCGUUAGGCAUCGUGCAAACUCCUGUAUCGAAUAUUGAUCAAUCGAAACUAAAUGUUCCUCCUUUGACUGUUAUACCUUCGGUUAUUAGUGAUCCACAAACUGUAACCAAAGUGAAAAUGCAGAAUUCCGAUAUCACAACUUCACUUCAUGACACUCUUAAUCAGCCGGAGGCAAGUAUAUCAGUUGACACCUCUAAUCAUGGAGAUACACAUACAGAUUACCUAUCAAAGUCUGUAACUGUUGAACGUAUUAGUGCUGAAGAUUACUGUGAACAGAAUGUCUCUAAAGCAAAUUCAACCGAUGCCAGUGAUCCCAUUACUAAAACUGUGGAAAUUGAUGUAAAAGAUUUCCCGUCAGAUGUGAUUUCUAGUGAGACUGAUAUAAAAAACAGUGCAAAUCCUAUAACAACAUCCGGUACGGAUAUAUGCCCUUUAGGUAGCACUCCAUACAGCGUAGCCAGUACUACCAGUUCAUACAUUUCUGUUACCUCAAAUUCUACCAACGACGAAGAGUCUAUUUCGGGUUUGGAUGAUUCCCAAACACCAGCUACAUCACUUAGUGCAAGUCAACUGCUUAAACUGAAACGUCUUCAUGAUGAGGUUGGGCGACCAAUACAACGAAGAGACUCCAAAUCUCCGCACUGCACUUCUCAUACACCAUCACAGGUCCAGUCUCCUAUAUAUAUACCCACUCAUUCCCAAAAUCAGUCACAGUCACUCGAAUCAGAAGCAAAUCUCACACAAUGCUCACAAACUUCCCAGCUUCAACAAUCUCAGCAAUCCAUAAAUUAUAACUCGUCAGUAUUGUCAAGCACCGCCGGGGUUAAUUCAGAAUUCCGACCAUUCCCCGUCCAUUUUAAUCAAGACACUGUCCAUAAAAGCAACCCGAAACUCGAAAUAGAUGAUGAUGACGAUGAUGAUAUGGAAGAUUUCGAGCUCAAAAACGUUUCGAAAGUGUAUGAACCUCCUGUUGCAACUUCAUUUCAAUCUACUUCUGUACCAUCUCAUAAGUUAACUUCAAAUCGUUUUUACGAUAACAGCGCAUUAUCCACUGUACCAACAACGAUAUCUUCAGAAUCACAAGGUCUUCCUCUUAUGAAUGCUCACUAUCCUACACUAGUGAGAACACCUCGCAUAAAUUGGCCAGUUGGGCGUUCUGCCUUUAAUCCAACAUUUACUAGCAGCAUGAGAGUGCCAUCCCAAUGUUUUAAUCCUUUAGCACCUGCUACAGUUCGUUGUUUUCCGGAUACAGACCAAAAUACAGGUAGUCGUAAUGUUAGUCAAGGCGUUUCCUCACCACGAGCGACAACUAUUGAAAGUAUUGGUGAUCACUUUUUACUGUCAGGCAAACCCUACAUUUCUUCGUCUAUACCUUCGAUUUUUUCUGGUUCGGGUGGAAUUCCUAUUAUGACCACUGUUCAAUCCUCUACAAAUGCGUCUAUAUGCUCAGGCCCACCUAAAAGAACAGUUGUUCACAAGUACCACUCUUUUAGGAAAAUUUUACCAAAAUCAGAUAGACCAAUCAUGCUUCCAACUGCACCAGGAUUCAGCAUAUCUCCAUUCAAUACGAACACCGCAGGACUAGGCAAAUUUUCAGUACCCAGUAGUAGUUUUGGCAUAUAUAGACCCGGUUCACUUGGAGCUAAUACUAUUUUACCUUGUGAAGUAGCAAGUAAUAGAACUUAUAUCAUGGACAUCGGCUCAUCAAAUCUAACUGAUGAUGGUUCAUCGAUUCCCAUUCGACGCAACUUGUGUGCUACUUCUCUAGCGCUUGCUAACUCAAACCAAUCAGUAUUAGCGACUAAUCCAGCAUCCCAGUUGCUCAAAAGCUUGCUAGAACGUGAUGAUUCGCGCUCCACCAGUGUUGUUACAACAUUUACUACAGCAAGCCAUUUAUCGUUUUCUGUGUCUACUGUUGUUAGUACUUCGAGCUGUACUUCUGGAAGCGGGACUCCACUUUGGAAUCAGCCAGCACACCAGAGUCGUGGAACAUGGCAGCUAGGUAAACGAGCUGUCAGUAGUUCUAAUCACCGUUCUCCUUCAGACAGUGUAUCUCUCAAAAUAUCUCAGUCCGUUUUCCCUACUUCAGCCAGCUCUCAAACUCACUCUUCUCCGAAUCCCUCUAAUCCCCCACCUAUACUGCCACCAACUUUACGUUUGACGCCAGGACCAACUUCUCGAUUACAACAGCUUCAACAACAUUAUCAACGACAACAAGAGGCUCAAAGACGCUUCGAACAAGAUUCUUUGAGUAAACUAGGUGUUGCAGACAGUGUAUAAACACAGACUAUAGUUGUUCGCCUUCUCUUGCCGUCUUCAUUGAUACUGAAAACAAAUGGAAAUAUUUGAAGCAUAGCCGUCAAUUGUAUCAACAAUACACUAUAACUCUUGUGUGUCAUUCCUUGCACAAUGUAUAUCUCACAACCUGGCAGCAACAACAGCUACUUUCUAGAUGCUUUCGCUGUGUGUGGAUUUUAUUCAGUGUGUAAAUAUAAUCUAAUGGAUGACAACAUGUAUUGCUAUUGAAAAUGUUAUUUCUGCGUAUAUAUUAUCGAUAAUGGUUAAUUGCGGUGUUGUUACAUUUCUAGCAAUUCUACAUGUUUGUGAGUAAUGUGAAAUCAGAAUCUAUGCAAUUCAUUUAAUCACAUUAUGAAUAUGUAUUUGCUUGAGAAUUUUACCUACUGACUCGCUCCUCAUCAUCCAUACAGAGUUCACAUGUAAUACAUUCUAUUUCAUAUUGAAAUUAAUUUUACUAGUAUAUUUUUUAUCAUUCAGAAUAUUUAAACUAGAAUAAUAUACAUGCAUACAUACAUAUACACUCCCAACUAAUCCUUUCACUAGUUCAUAAAACAUUAUGUAAUUUUCAUCGUGUUAAAUUCUCGUAAACAAAGGUUAAAAUUUCUCAAUGAUAUAUAUAUAUAUAUAUAUAU